AUGUUAAGUCAUACGCCAGUUAAAAAUUCGGGAGCGCAAGCUGCUAAAUCCCCACAGCCGGAGCAAGAUACACCAGUUUUUGAGAAAUGUCAUAUCUGUAGUGAACGAAAAGACAAUAAGAUCGAAUGUUGGUUAAUAGUUAAAUGUAACCAUUCCUUCCAUCGUGCUUGUAUUGAAAAUUUUCUGUCAGAGAAUAAUGCAUGCCCAGUUUGUAAUCUUUCUUGUGAAUUAUCAGAUUUAAAGAGAGUUACGUUUCCUUUAAAAUCUAGUAGAUCUAGAGGAGCUAAAUCUCGUGGUGCUCAAACUGGUUAUCAAUAUACCACUCGUAGUAUGGUACUACAUGGUUUUCAAGAUACACAAACUCCGUCUGAGUUUCCUCUCCCAAGUAAUGCGAAUCCAUCUGAUCAAUCGGAAAACUUUGAUAAUGAGGCAACAACCUCUCAAAACCUUAAUGAAACUUCUGUUGAUUCACUAAAUGUUAACCCUUCUGUCGUAGAUUACGGGCAAAUUAAUAAAAUGAUCGAAGUUAACUUAGGCAGAGCUUUAAAGAACUUCAAGAGUGUUCCUCAAAAUAAU